CCUGCUAAGUCUUAGAAAAACCUCCGCUACUUUCCUAUUAAACGCGCUCGUCCUCCACCUCCUCCUCUUUCUUCUCCGGGCCGUUCGGGAGGUUGGUUCGCCGGAGACUCAGAGGUGGCGGAGAGAUGGGUCUGGAGCUCAGCUGCGCCAGAUCGAGCCAAGAGCACGAGUUCUUCAGCGCUGUCCGAGCCGGCGAUUUGGAGGCGGCGGAGUCCGCCCUCCACCGGGACGCCGCCCUCCUCCGCCAGACCACCAUCUACGACCGCAUCUCCCCCCUCCACAUCGCCGCUGCCAAUGGUCGCGUCGAGGUUCUUUCUAUGUUGCUGAGACGAUCUGGUAAUCCUGAUGUCCUAAACCGAAAUAAACAGACUCCCCUGAUGCUGGCCGCGAUGCACGGGAAGAUCGCCUGCGUGCAAAAGCUCCUCCAAGCCGGAGCAAAUAUCUUGAUGUUUGACUCGUUGCAUGGAAGAACUUGCUUGCAUUAUGCUUCAUAUUACGGCCAUUCGGAUUGUUUGCAAGCGAUUCUGUCGGCAGCUCAAUCCACUUCUGUAGCUGAUUCUUGGGGAUUUGCUCGAUUUGUGAACAUAAGAGAUGGCCAUGGGGCGACGCCUUUGCAUCUUGCAGCGAGGCAGAGACGGCCUAAUUGCGUCCAUAUUCUUUUGGACAAUGGUGCUCUUGUUUGUGCUUUUACUGGUGGAUAUGGUUGCCCAGGAAGCACUCCUCUACAUUUGGCGGCCCGUGGGGGAUGCUUGGAUUGUGUUCGGGGAUUGCUUGCAUGGGGGGCUGAUCGGCUUCAAAGGGAUGCAUCUGGGAGAAUACCAUAUGAUGUUGCUUUGAAGCGGAACCAUGGAGCUUGUGCAGCCUUACUAAAUCCAUCAUCAGCAGAGCCUCUGGUCUGGCCUUCUCCAUUAAAGUUCAUCAGUGAGCUGGAUCGAGAUGCAAAGGCUCUAUUAGAGGCAGCUUUGAUGGAAGCUAAUAGGGAAAGGGAGAAGAAGAUCUUGAAGGGGACGGCAUAUUCCUUGCCUUCCCCUGUUCAUUCAGUUGAUGGAAUUGAUGAUGAUAUCUCUGAGGUAAGUGACACCGAGCUCUGCUGUAUCUGCUUCGACCAAGUCUGCACCAUUGAGGUCCAAGUCUGUGGGCACCAGAUGUGUGCACAUUGCACACUGGCUCUAUGCUGCCACAAGAAGCCCAACCCCACAACCUUGUGCCUGCCAGCGCCCACCUGCCCCUUCUGCCGCAGCAACAUAGCCCGGCUGGUGGUGGCCAAAACCAAGGCCGAGGAUGACGGCGACAAUGGCAGCCCGAAGCUAAGGCGGUCGAGGAGGUCUCGGAAUGUCGGUGAGGGAAGCAGCAGCUUCAGAGGACUACCUUCUGCUAAGGGAUCAUUUGGAAAGAUGGGCCGUGGCUCGGGACGAAUGGCUGAUGCUCAAGAUGUGGUGGACAAGCCUUAACAGUACCCAAUUCACGAGAGGUGAACAAUUUUGAGGAAUCCUGGAAGCAGGCCAUCGGUUGUGUGUAGAUUCUCUCAUUCUAAAAGGCAAGAGGAGAAAUCCAAUAAGCAGUCCCUUGUGCAGAUUUUGGGUCGGUCGUUGGGUACCACUGACAAAGGACUGUGCACCGCAGUGCUUUUGGUAAGGCUGGUUAUCCUCAACUUUGCUGAUGAGAGAUUGUAGUUGUAAUUAUUAUGAGUGGUGCCCACUGUGGGAACUCGAAGUGGUUGCAUCAUGGACCACCGUCACCCAGCUAGGAUUCUUUGAAGGGUGGAGAAGCUGUAGGGUUGCCUGUUUGCAUCUGCAACAUCAGAGAUGGUACAAAUGAACAAUUCAUUUAAAUGACCUAUGGCUGUUAGCUACCAUGUGACUGCAA